AUGGUGUCGCGACGUCAGUAUAUUCUGAGCAACUACAAGUGGCAGCGCCUCCGCGCCGAGACAUCUGGGGCGCCGCGCGUGCUCCAGAACGAAGCUGUGUCGACGCCGCUCUUGACGACCCAUGCGCUUGUCUCGUUGCCGUCCGACCUCGUCAAGCUCGUCCUCGAUCGUCCGUCGGUGCCGAGUGGGACGUGCAAGACCUUUACGGCAUCCUCGCGGUCGCCAAUGCCAAGCACGGACGUGCCCAUUGAAGCCCACGUGUCGUCGUUGGCCCUCGUUGUGUACAACACAAAGUACAACCUCCUGUACUGCGUCCUCGGUGGCCUCGGCUGUCUCUUGCUCGUACCCGCGCUCUCGGUGCGCGGUCUCCGCAUCGUGUGCUAUGCCCUCAUGCUCUUGGACGUCUGCUUCCACCGGACCCUCUCCAACGCCCUUUUGGCCGUCGAGCAGAACCGCAACUCGCUCGUUCAGACGUUUUAUCUCAUUUGCGUCGUCGUGUACAUCUACACGGCGGUCGGCUACAUGCUUUUUCAUGACCACUACGGCGUCCUCGACGAAGCCAACACGGGCUGCCGAACGCUCAUGGAGUGCGUCAUCACGCACUUCAACCAAGGCCUACGCCAGGACAUUGCGUCCGUCAUGCACAUUGUGUCGUGGCAAAGCAACCCAACCAUCUCGGUCCUCCGUCUCGGGUUCGACGUGUCGUACUGGCUCAUCAUUUGCGUGCUCUUGCUCAACAUCAUCGGUGGCAUCAUCAUCGACGCCUUUGGCGAGCUGCGCGACCACCGGUCGUCGAUCGAGAAGGACAUGGAGAGCAACUGCUUCAUCUGCGGCAUCGACAGCUUGCAGUUUCAGCGCCAUGGCGAUGGGUUUGACUCGCACGUUCGCCACGACCACAACAUGUGGCAGUACAUGUUUUACCGCCAGCACCUCUACGAGAAAACGCGCCAAGAGUACACGGGCCAAGAGAGCUACGUCGCGGGUCUCCUCAUGGCCGGCGAAACGUCGUUUUACCCCGUCGGCAAGGCCAAGCGCUUGAGGACGACUGCGUCAUGAGUCGUUGCCCGAGAUCGUUAAUUACAAACGUCGACGGCGCCUUGAAGUUUGGUUGACCGCUCACCCUGGAUAGCCAGCAC